AGGGGGGAACACCAGACAAAUCAUGGGAGCUUUCCUCACUUUGUCCACCUCUGUUGCUGUCAUUCUCCUGGUAAUUUGUGGAGGUUUAUGUGUGGAUAUCAUUGGAGGACAUGAAGUAACACCACAUUCCAGACCAUUUAUGGCCCUAAUCAAUGGAGCAAAGGGAAACUUUAUUUGUGGAGGAGCUUUGAUCAAGGAAAACUGGGUGUUAACAGCUGCCCACUGUAAUGUGAAAGGAGGCAAAGUUAUUCUUGGAGCUCAUUCACAGAAAGCAAAAGAAAAAGAAAAACAGGUUAUUCGAAUUGCAAAAGAAAUUCACUACCCGUGCUACAAUCCCAAGUCUAAGGAAAAUGACAUUAUGCUGCUGCAGCUUCAGAAAAGAGCAAAACGCACUAAAGCUGUGCAACCCAUUCCCCUGCCUACUUCUGAUGAUGAUCCCAAACCAGGAACAACUUGCACAGUAGCAGGAUGGGGACAAACUCAAAAUCAUCCGAGAAGGCUUUCUGAUACUCUGAGGGAGGUCAAUAUCACUGUCAUCAGUAGGCAAAUCUGCAAUGACCACAAGCAUUACAGAAACAGACCUGUGAUAACAGACAACAUGAUAUGUGCAGGGGCUAAAAAUGGAGGAAAGGAUUCAUGUUCUGGGGAUUCAGGUGGACCUUUAAGAUGUAACAAAGUGAUAAGAGGCAUCACUUCUUUCGGGAAGGCAAACAAGUGUGGUGCUGCUGAUGGCCCUGGUGUCUACACUCGACUCACAAAGAAAUACCUUCAGUGGAUAAGGGAAACCAUUGGGGGAGCCUGAUUGACAGACUGGGGUUUGACCAAGUGAUUUCCUAUUCCAUACUUUUGUAACAAAAUCAAGUUUUGAAACAUGCUUUUAAAAAUAGUUUUAUUAUAAUGGUAAAAGAGGUAUCCUUACCUGAAUUUUAGCAGCUUCAUGUCCUUAUAGAUGAAAACACAUACGUGUGUUUGCAGGGCAGAUGUAAUCUCAAGACGGCCAGAAGACAGUGCUCUGCUACAAUAGCAUUUGUAGCUUAUACUAUCAGCUAUGGAGUCACUCAACAGGUAUUUGCGACUUAGGCUUCCAAUGUUCUUGUGUUGCACAUUUGGUGUAAGCGCUACAUGGAUGAGUAUUUCUGAUCAAGAACCUAAUCCAGCAGUUCAUGUCUGCAUGCUCAGUAUAUUCCGCACUCUUCUGUAUCUGGAUCUCUGCAAAUAACCCUGAAAGUUAGAGAGAUGCUAGGUACAACUCCUGACACCUGAAAACCAGGUAAUUUCCCCACAGCAGAGCUCCUAAUUUCACAGGUGUAGAGGACUGCUAAGCUUCAAAAAAUUGCAUUUCAGCAACUGCAUUUGAUUGUUUGACAUAGUAACUGUAUUUCCUAACUGCCUUGUAUUUGAAACAUCUAGAUUUCAUCUCUUUGUGUACUUUGCAUUUAAUAAA